UUAGUAAGAAAAACAUAAUAGAAUGUUUUUUUGAUUAAAACAUACAUAAUUGUAUUAAGAUUCUAUAAUUUUAUUGCGUAUUAAUUUUGACUAAACAUUUGAAUCUAGAUAGUGUGUGUUAUUUUUUGUUCGUAAAUGCUAGAAGCAGGUGAGGCAAAACGCUUGUCAAUAAUUGAAAAGAUGAAUGAAUGAAUAAUAAUCGGGAUUUAAGUAAUCUACAGUAAAUGGAUUUAUUUAUUAUUGGCUCAAAGAAAGAAUGAUUCCUUCAAUAUGAAGGAGACUAUGAAGGAGAUGGUUGGCGGUUGCUGUGUGUGUUCGGACGAGCGUGGUUGGCCCGACAACCCGCUGGUCUACUGUGACGGGAAUGGAUGCACUGUUGCUGUCCACCAAGCGUGUUAUGGCAUCAUUGAUGUACCAACUGGACCGUGGUACUGUAGAAAAUGUGAAAGUCCAGAGACAAAAGGAAAAGUUCGCUGUGAGCUCUGCCCAUUCAAGUCCGGUGCCCUGAAGCGCACUGACACUGGUGGCUGGGCCCACGUGGUGUGUGCACUCUACAUCCCCGAGGUGAGGUUCGGUAACGUCACCUCCAUGGAACCCAUCGUGCUCCGCCUCAUACCACAGGAGAGAUACAAUAAGACAUGCUACAUAUGUCAAGAUUUGGGCAAAACCAACAGAGCAAGUGCUGGCGCUUGUAUGCAGUGUAAUAAGUCAGGUUGCAAACAACAGUUCCACGUGACUUGUGCUCAGAGCUUGGGUCUGUUGUGUGAAGAGGCCGGAAACUACCUUGACAACGUUAAGUACUGUGGGUACUGCCAACACCACUACAGCAAACUGAAGAAAGGCGGCAAUGUGAAGACAAUACCGCCGUAUAAGCCGGUCGUCGACCAAUCGAGCGACUCGAGCGAGCGGGAGCCGUCGCCCAUGGCAACGGGCGGUGGGACGCCCACGCACGCGGCGAAACCUAAAGGGCCGGGCAGGAAGUCUUCACACUCGAGUUCUGGAGGGGGGAAAAAUACGCCCAACUCGUCCAAAAACACGUCCAACACCAACGCACCGGGAGAGAAGAAGAAGUCGUCGCCGUCCCGUCGCGGCUCGUCUGCCGGCGACGCGGGCAGCAAGAACAGCACGCCGGCGCCAUCGCCGCAACACAGCACGGACACACAGCCGGCUAAAGCGUCAGGUGGGUCCACGCCGAGCGGCAAGGUGCCGGCGCCGGCCGCGUCGCCGAAGCCGCCGGAGUCGGCCGCCGUGGUCGCAGUCGUCACCACCGCCCCGCCCACGCCGCCAGCCAGCACAAUGACAACUUCAGUCGUCCAAGCGCCGGUGUAUCAGGAGUCGGUGAUCAUGAACGCGGAAGCGAUGGACACAAAACAGACCAAGAAGAGGAAGGCGGUGGCUAACGCGGCCGCGCCCGUCGACUACACGCCCCCCGCUACGGCCACGCCUACUCCGCCAACGGAGGUGAAUCCUCAAAAUUCUCUGUGGGACGGCGGACAUCCGAUGACGGAGGCAAACGUGGAGGGACUUGAAAAGAUCAUUAAAAAGGCGAAGACAGACACCCCCGAGAUGACGAUGUCCGGUCACUUCUCUACCAGCUCCGCGCCCCCGCCGCCGCCGAUGCCAGCUUACACCGCCGCCAAUCAGCCCAGUCCCAGACACCUCCCAAGUCCAAUGCCCGGUACCAGUGGGAUGAACACCAUGUCGAACAUACGUUCGCCGUCGCAGCCCCAAGGCAAGGAGCGCGAGCCCGCCUCGCUGCUCGUCUCCGUGCCGCUGCCGUCCUCGAGCCACGGACUCAACCUCACCGCUCACUCACAGCAGGCCGGGCCGUCGCAGCCAGAAUUGAGCGGUUCUUCUCCGCAUAUAUUCCAUCAGCCACAGAAGCAGGCGGCCAUGGACAACGUAGGGCACUCGCCGCAUCCCGUGCCAGGACGCAGCGCGUGGGGCGGACUUAACGUCGCAUAUGAGAUGCAGGACCCCAGUAAACCAGGUGUGAGCGGCGUGAACAACCAGGGUUCCAGCAAGGAUGCCAUGCCGCUCCCGCCGGCCGCCAUCAGGAACAAGAAACGCGCGGCCAUGGCCACCUCCGUCGUGUCCAUGGGAGCCCAGCAACAACAGAUGCAAGCGAGCGGCGCUCAGAACCUGUCCAACGUGCGUCGACAGCCGCAGCCGACGCCGCCCCCGGUAUACCAGGAGACCAUCAAAGACUCACCACCUAGCUCGCCUAAUUCUGAACGACCACUGAAACCGAAAAUGGAGAGCAAGAUCGGCGGCAGCUGCACGGCCCCACACAUGUUGGGCAACGAACUGAACCCCGAGAGCGGAGCCGCGGCGCGCCUACAGGAGCAGCUCACCGCGGAGUUGGCGGCGCACGCGGCCGGCGCCCCCGCCUCAGACCCGCUGGUGCCACCGCCACUCAUUAACAAGGCCACCUCGAGUUCGAGCGGUAGGGGCGGUACCUCCAGCGCUCAGAGCCUAGACCAGCUGCUCGAGCGGCAGUGGGAGCAGGGAUCGCAAUUCCUCAUGGAGCAGGCGCAGCAUUUCGACAUCGCGUCGCUACUCUCCUGCUUACACCAACUGCGGACUGAGAACGUGAGGUUGGAAGAACACGUCGGUAACUUGCUACAGCGGCGAGACCAUCUGCUGGCGGUGAACGCGCGCCUCGCUAUACCGUUGACUACAGGUGUGUUGACCGACAUCCCCGUGAGCGGUCCUCCUGAUGCAGGCCGGUGUCCGCGGGAGAACGGCGCGCCCCGCCCCCCGCCGCCCCGUCCCACGGAGACCAUGACCUCGGAGCGCGCGCAUCAGCUUCUAAUACGCGAGGUGCAGCAGAAGCCCAGCUGAAAUGACGUGGGGGGCGGCGGCGAGCCCGCCCUGCGUACCGUGCAAACGUACAUCGUGCUCGAGCAGCGCCGCCGCCCGGACUUCAGCAUCGACUCCAUCCUCAAGUUCGAUCACUAGUUUGUACGUCAAGGCCACGCGCACAAAACGUUGAGCGCUCACACUAAUACGACUUAGUGACGUACGCGGCAAGGCUACGCCCACAACAUUGAGCGCUCACACUAGCUCGUACGUCAAGGCCGCGCCCACAACAUUGAGUGCUCAUACUAGCUCGUACGUUAAGGCCACGCCCACGAAACUAUCACGUGUUUAAGUUCGACCACUAAUCGCCGAUUUCCAAUGAAAAGGCCACGCCUACAACGUUAAGUGCACACACUAGCUCGUACGUCAAGUCCACACCCACAACAUUGAGUGCUCACACUAGCUCGUACGUCAAGGCCACACCCACAACAUUGAGUGCUCACACUAGCUCGUACGUCAAGGCCACGCCCACGAAACUAUUACGUGUUCAAGUUCGACCACUAAGCGCUGACUUCGAAUGUAAAGGCCUCGCCUACAACAACAUUAAGUGCUCACACUAGCUUGUACGUCAAGGCC